CUUCGCUUACGUAACAACCUUCUUUCUGACAGAACUCGUUCUCAGCCACUGCACAGCAAAACGGUCAGUGGUUUAACAGCAGAAUACGUAUGCUGCAAAUCCCAAAAACUUAAGCAAGUUCCCGCAGAGUACUUCGAUAUCGGACACGUCUAAACUGUUCAUUGGUUCCCAUUAGGAUUUGUUUUACAGGACAGAGGCCCAUUCUUGUUCAUUUAAAGUGGAUUAUGGCCUGACAUAAAUAAAAUAGACCUCAUAGAAAGAAGUGACUAAGCUGGAAAUGAAAAGUGUACGACUGUCAUCUCCAGCUUUAUAUUCUGCACAAUGUCAGCAGACCUAGGACAACAAAUAUUGAAGAUUGUAAUGAUGGAUAAUCCUAUUUUAUAUAUAGAAUUAUUAUAAGAUGGUCUCUUGCCAAAAUUAUCGAAAGUGGUAACUAAAGAUAGGAAGGAAUUAAUCGAAAUCCAUGGUUCCGCAAAGAUAAUAUACUUUAACAAACGUCAUCCAGGUCGAAAAUAGAACGAGCAAGGGAGCCGUUGUAAAGGAAACAUCUACUACUACUACUAAUACCACCAGUCCUUCAACAUGGGGAAGAAAACUAAGCGCCUUAAGGUUCUUGGGGGCAAGGUAGCACAGCCUGGACCCCUGGCUGACCAAAUGGAGCGGGAUGAGGUUGCUCAGCCUACUCAGAGGUUCAAGCUAAGGGGACUUGAGACUCCUGAGGAUGAAUAUGUUGAAGGCAAGUUGGGACGCAGCAUUCUCAAACAGUCAAAAGCCCAGUUGCAAGAAAUGGAAACAGAAGAACUGUUCCCGGAAGAGGACUUUCCUCCCUUAGGUGCACAAAGGCCAAGACAACCAAGGCAAACUCCUAUUUCGCUUAACCCUAAUAAGUGUAGUGAUGAUGAAGAUAGCACUGAUGGUGAAGAUAUUGAUGAAACAGAGAUGCCAACUCCAGUAAGCUGUGAUAAAGCAGUAAAAGAACUCGAAGAUGAACUAGGUUUAACAGAGGAAGACAAGAAGGUGCUGGACCACUUCAUGAAGAAGGAUGCAGAACCACAGCGAAAACUUGCAGAUCUUUUCAGGGACAAAAUUACAGAGAAACAAACUGAAAUCCAGUCACAAGUAGAUGCCCUCAGUGUUCAGACUGUGAGCCUAAGCCCAGAGGUACAGGAAAUGUGUAAACAGAUGGGUGCAGUCUUGUCCAAGUAUCGUAGUGGUCCAUUACCAAAAAUGUUCAAAGUUAUACCGAAGAUGAGGAGUUGGGAAGAGCUUGUGUACUUAACAAAUCCUGAUAAAUGGUCAGCAGCAGCAAUGUACCAAGCUGUAAGAAUAUUUGUCAGCAAUCUUAAGGAGGCAAUGGCACAGAGAUUCUUUAAUUUGGUAUUGCUACCUCGAGUGAGAGACGACAUUUCUUUCUUUAAACGACUGAACUUCCACCUGUAUCAGGCUCUGUACAAGGCAAUGUUUAAACCCGCUGCUUUCUUCAAGGGCAUUUUACUACCGCUUUGCAAGUCUGGUAACUGCACUUUAAGAGAAGCGGUCAUCAUUGGGUCAGUAAUUGCCAAAAUUCACAUACCAAUACUCCAUUCAGCUGCUGCAAUUUUAAAGAUUGCUGAAAUGGACUACAGUGGUUCAAACUCAAUUUUCUUGAGAAUAUUCUUUGAUAAGAAAUAUGCGUUGCCGUACCGAGUAGUUGAUGCUUGCAUUUACCAUUAUAUCAAGUUUGAGAAUGAUCGACGAGAGUUGCCUGUCUUGUGGCACCAAUCACUGUUAACUUUUGUCCAACGUUACAAAGAGGAUAUGAGUCCUGAUCAGAAGCAGGCACUCUUAGAUGUUGUUAGAUUCCACACACACCACACUAUAACUGCUGAGAUACGUAGAGAGCUUAUUAACUCGAAGUGCAGAGGAGAAGAGGAACAAAUGUUGGUUGAAUAGAACUACAGUGGGGCUUUGUUAUCCACGGGCAAUACGUCUCAAGCCAGCUAUCCAAAAUAAACCCAUACACCUGAAAUCACAGAUAAUCACGAAAACUUUGUAUAAUAGAACGCAGUAUGUAUGCCGAUCAUAUCCACACACUGUUUGUGCCCGUAAAAACAUCCUUAUAAUAAUCAUUAUUGUUAUACUGUAUAUGACAAAUUAUCUAUUAAAAAAUUUUGGACAAA